UGACUGCUUCUGGGGAUGAUUUGAAUUACUUUGAGUAACUCCCCAAGACGUUGGAUGGCGCUAUUGACCUCCAAACACGUCAAGUUCAGCCGUUCACGUUUUUUGAGGAAGGGAACAGUUAUUGAACCAAAACCCCUCAGCGAUGCAUCGGUACACCUUUCCCUUCCAACUUUAUCAGAUGCGAAAGGUCUGUGAGAUCGGACUGAAGACAUCCGUGGGGAAGAGGUUAUGAGAUGCUUUUGCCGGUAAAACGGUGACGCACCAGUUGACGGAGCUGGCAGACAGCUGUGGAAGAUUACGUCGGCAUUGCUCAACCGAGGGACAUUAAAAUCCAGAUCACAAGACUUGUCGCCUCCGUAAAGUCCAGGACUAACUAGCAACGACCACUACCUGAAGACCCACAGGGGUGAUCAUGGACAACGGAGGGUUUUACAACAAUAAUUAUCACAGUGGAAGCAGUGAUGAUGAGCUGGUGGAUAUUUCAGAUGCUACUGUGGAUUUCAGUGAGGAUGUCCCGCCUCUGGACCGCGAUUACAGCGCAGGCCGCUGUAAACCAGAUUGGAGGCCGAAGAGCAGUCCUAAGAUGAUGGAUUUCCUGGAUGACACCGUUCCUGGCAUUGGCACCUACGAGGACUUCAACACCAUCGACUGGGUUAGGGAGAAGUCUAAAGACAGAGAUCGGCAUAGAGAGAUUGCCAAUAAGAGUAAGCAGUCCACAGUAGCCUUGCUCUUCAGUGUCAGUGAUGCCUUUUCUGGCUGGCUUCUGAUGCUUCUCAUUGGACUCAUGUCAGGGGCCUUGGCUGGAGGUAUAGACAUUUCUGCCCAUUGGAUGACAGACCUUAAAGAGGGCGUGUGCCUGAAUGGGUUCUGGUUUAAUCACGAGCACUGCUGCUGGGAUUCCAAUGAGACCACUUUUCAGGAAAGAGACAAGUGUCCCCAGUGGAAAAGCUGGGCGGAACUCAUGGUGGGAGUCAAUGAGGGGGCCAGUGCAUAUGUGGUGAGUUACUUCAUGUAUGUGUGCUGGGCUCUUCUCUUCUCCUUCCUGGCUGUGAGUCUUGUGAGAGCCUUCGCCCCUUACGCUUGUGGCUCAGGAAUACCAGAGAUUAAGACCAUCCUGAGUGGCUUUAUAAUUCGGGGGUACCUGGGGAAGUGGACUUUGAUAAUAAAGACCAUCACACUGGUGCUGGCCGUCUCGUCCGGCCUCAGUCUGGGGAAGGAGGGUCCUCUGGUUCAUGUAGCUUGCUGCUGCGCAAACAUCCUAUGCCAUUUCUUCACCAAAUACCGUCGAAAUGAGGCCAAGAGACGAGAGGUGUUGUCUGCAGCAUCUGCAGUUGGAGUGUCUGUAGCGUUUGGUGCUCCUAUUGGUGGAGUGCUUUUCAGUCUGGAAGAGGUCAGCUACUACUUCCCUCUGAAGACUCUGUGGCGUUCAUUCUUUGCUGCUCUGGUUGCAGCAUUCACCCUUCGCUCCAUUAAUCCCUUCGGCAACAGCCGAUUGGUCCUUUUCUACGUUGAAUUUCACACUCCCUGGCAUCUUCUAGAACUCGUACCUUUUGUGCUUCUGGGCAUCUUCGGUGGCCUUUGGGGGGCUUUCUUCAUUCGUGCUAACAUUGCCUGGUGCCGUCUCCGAAAGAACACCCGCCUUGGGAACUACUCUGUCCUCGAGGUUCUGUUGGUCACUCUGUUUACAGCGCUGCUAGCGUUCCCAAACGAGUACACUCGGAUGGGCAGCAGCGAACUGAUCUCGGAGCUGUUUAAUGACUGUGGCCUGCUGGACUCGUCGAAACUCUGUGACUACGCCGGCAACAGUGGAAGCACGUCAGGAAGUGUUAAUGGUACUGCCGCUAAUGGUCUGGGGGCCCGGCCGGCGGGACCAGGGCUCUACACAGCUAUGUGGCAGCUAGCUCUUGCACUGGUUUUUAAGAUGUUCAUCACUGUGGCUACAUUUGGAAUGAAGGUGCCUUCAGGUUUAUUCAUCCCUAGUAUGGCAGUGGGGGCCAUAGCAGGCCGACUUCUUGGUGUAGGCAUGGAGCAGCUGGCCAUACACCACCACGAACGGAACAUUUUCAAAAGCUGGUGCUCUCCGGGGGCAGACUGCAUCACGCCGGGCCUGUAUGCCAUGGUGGGAGCAGCAGCCUGUCUGGGCGGUGUGACCCGAAUGACCGUCUCUUUGGUGGUCAUUAUGUUCGAGCUGACGGGAGGUUUAGAGUACAUUGUGCCCCUCAUGGCUGCCACCAUGACCAGCAAAUGGGUUGCGGAUGCUCUGGGUCGCGAGAGCAUCUACGAGGCCCAUAUUCGCCUCAACGGUUACCCCUUCCUGGAAGCCAAAGAAGAAUUCCGCCACAAGACUCUUGCCACGGAUGUGAUGCGGCCGCGGCGGAUCGACCCGCCGCUGUCUGUGCUGACACAGAGUGGAAUGACUGUAGAGGAGGUGGAGAGACUCAUCGCAGACACAACCUACAGCGGCUUUCCUGUGGUGAUCUCACAUCAGUCUGAAAGAUUGGUGGGCUUUGUGUUGAGAAGGGAUCUGGUCAUAUCCUUAGAAAAUGCACGGCGGAAUCAAGAGGGUGUAGUCAGCAUGUCUCCCAUCCUGUUCACUGAAUGUGAUCCACCCAUGUCAUCCAGCGCUCCUCCUGCAGUCAAACUGCGCAGCAUCUUGGACCUCAGCCCCUUUACAGUCACUGUACACACGCCCAUGGAAAUCGUAGUGGACAUCUUCCGCAAGCUUGGCCUGCGGCAGUGCCUCGUUAUUCAGAAUGGGCGUUUGCUGGGAAUCAUCACUAAAAAGGACAUUCUUAAACACAUGGCGCAGAUGGCCAACAGAGACCCGGAUUCAAUCCUCUUCAACUGAAGACUGAACGGACGGGAUAAACUCACUCCUCCACACACAAACACACAUGGAGGACUGAAUCAUCCUACGAUGAUGAUGAUGGUGGUGGUAGGACUGUGUGUCGCUGAGGUACUGCUAUUAUAGAGUGGUGUGAGACUGGCCUAAGGCAGCUUUUCGCUACUCCAGAACUGGACACGUUCAGACAGGAGCUGUUUAGCCUGUCUGGAGGCUACAGAGACAAUGUGAAAAAUGCUGUCCUCUCACACCUGUGAACCUCAUAUCGGGCCAGAUCUGAAUUGUUGCCAUCCAGACUUGCUGUAUAUGGACCAAAUGCUUUCCUUGUCUACACAUACACUUACAUUUGGGGAUCAACGACUUUUUAAUGUGCUCUUUAUUCGUUUAUGGUGCUUUGCUCUCCCAAGAAGUUGCUUGAACUAUCAUCUAGUCACUUAGGCUUGUCUGGGUUGCAGAUUUUGGGCAUUUAUAUGAGUGGGCGACUGACCAACUGAGACGGUUUUAAGCCAGCCAGCAAUUUAAGAGAGUAGUUUAAGCUAUUUUUUAAGCAGGGUUUCCAUCCCUGAAGUGACGUUUGACCUCGAAAGGAACUUCAGAAGGGUGAGAACAUUCCUGAGAUGAUCUGGGAAACGUGCGUUAAGGGUGUCUUGUCUGAACCUGCGUGUGUCGAGCGAUCCCUGUGAGAAGAUGUGCCGCCUUUUGUGGAAGUGCAGUGAGAUUUAGUGUAUCAUGUUGAGAAGUCACACAGACACACUUACUCUUUGUUUUUUGUUUUUAUACAUGGUAGCAAAUUGCCCUCAGUAGUGCCGUUCCUCUAUUUCUCACUCUUUGAGAAGGUUUUGAAUCCCACUCUUGAAAAAUAUAUACAGUUGAGGUCAAAAGGUUACAUAAGCCUUGCAGAAUCUGCAAAAUGUUAAUUAAUUUACCAAAAUAAGAGGGAUCAUACAAAAUUUUUUAUUUAGUACUGACCUGAAUAAGAUAUUUCACAUAAAAGAUGUUUACAUAUAGUCCACAAGAGAAAAUAAUAGUUGAGUUUAUUAAAAUGACCCCGUUCAAAAGUUUACAUUCUUUAUACUGUGUUGUUACCUGAAUGAUCCACAGGUGAACCUUCUGUAAUAGUUGCAUAUGAGUACCUCAGUUGUCCUCAGUGUGAAAAAAUGAAUCACAGAAUCAUAGUCAUUGUUGGAAAGGGUUCAAAUACACAAAAAUGCUGAAAAAACAGAGAAUUUGUGGGACCUGAAGGAUUUUUCUGAAGAACAACGGGCAGUUUAACUGUUCAGGACAAACAAGGGACUCAUAAACAACUAUCACUAAACAAAAAAAAACACAGCUGUGGAUCAUUCUGGUAACAACACAGUAUUAAAAAUCAAGUGUAUGUAAACUUUUGAACAGGGUCAUUUUUAUAAAUUCAGCUAUUAUUUUCUCUUCUAUAUGUAAACAUCUCUAAUGUGCAAUAUCCUAUUCAGGUCAGUACUAAAUAAAAAACAUGCAUUUGGUAUGAUUCCUCUUAUUUUGGUAAAAUAAUUAACAUUUUGCAGAUUCUGCAAGGUGUAUGUAAACUUUUGACCUUGACUGUAUGUACAUUUAACUUUAACCUGCCAAAAGCCAGUGUUGAUUUUUAUGAGGAAAGGUGCCUUAAAAAGAGUGGUUUAUCAAAAAAUACUGUCAUUUACUCAUCCUUUUGCCGUUUCAAACCUGUGAAACACAGGACAUUUUGUGAGAUGCCAUAGUGGGUUUUUUGUUCAUACAGUGGCUACAAAACAGUUACCAACAUUGUUCAAAAACUGUUCGUGCAUGUUCUGCAGAAGAUUAAAAAGUCAUACAGUUUUGGAAGAACACGAGGGCAAGUAAACACAAUUUUCAAUUUUGUAUGAACUCAAUACGCCUUCAGUAGUUAUGUUGAAGUGCCCUGGUUUACCCUCUGUCUUUCUGCUAUUGUAACAAGCUAUUUGGUCUUACCAGCGGCAUAUGUUUUCCAAAAGGUUCACAGUGGCUGCCAAUAUCAACUCAGCUGAGCUGCAGGUCUUGCUUGGCACCACCAGGAGGCACCAUCUCACACUCUGUUCAUUCUGGACAUUGUGCGCUAUUUGAUUGACUCUUGGCCCGGUUUGCUUGCUGGGUGUGUUGCGGCAUUCUCUCAUGUCAUUACCUUCGGGGCUCUUUAUAUUAUUCCCCCAGCAUCUUUAUGCUCAUAUUGAGCACCUGGGCCCCUCCAUGCGGUCUUUGGAGAUCCAUCACCCUCGCCGUCUUUCUAGUAUAACCGCACUGUCGUCCUCAGACGACCUCGGCGAAACAUCUCCAGGCAACUCCCUUGUUUGUCCGUGAGGAUCCGAUCAUGACACAGCGAGAUCCUCCCUGUAGUGAAAGGACUAAACUCGUACUGUAGUCCCCUUCCUUGGCAUACUUGCUGGACCUUCGUGCCUACACGUUUUAAAACCUCCACCCUCCAGUUUUUUUUUUGUUUUUUUUUUUCCCCGCCAUUGGCAUUUGUUGUUUAUGACCUAUUAAAGGCAUUUGAUUCUUUUCACGACCGUUCCGAACGCUCUCUUUCCCCGCUCGCCGUAAUUCCCGGGAGUUGGAUUUGGGGCAGGGAGGUCGUGGAGGGCUAUUGUUCCCAUUCGCUCCUGCUCGUCUGGGCUCCCGGUCGCCAGGAUGUCCCCCGACCGCUUCCCUCGAGCACCGUCACGCAGCCCAGACCGCCUUCCACUCUUAGAAAGACAAUUUCCGGUCCAGUCUUUAAACAACGGGCGAUUCUGGGCGAUUCUGAGCUGUUAUAAUAGAGCGGAGGGGAAAAAAAGAAAUUCUUGCGCUCUGAUUACUGAAAGAAAAGGUGUGUGUAUAUGUGUGAGUAUUUGUGUGGGGUGUUGGAAGGAGAGAUUACGCUUUUCUCUUUUGCCCUCCUAGGAAAACAUGGGAAUAUGGGAGGAGGGAGAGGAGAAAAGGUUAAUUAAACAGUGUUCACUGGUCAGCGGAGGGAUCGUUUCACAAAGGUCCCUUCUGUGUCACACGGGGGGUUAUUGGAGAGACUUGGCACGAAGGACCUUCCACUCAUUCCUGCAAUCCGGGUGGGUGCUGAGCCUCUUUGCGCUGUAACCCAACACUCGAUUGGUGCAGAAGGAGCCGGGCCAGGACCGGGACCAAAUGAAAUGUUGUAAUGUAAAACAGGACACGCCACAGACCUCCUAUGUUCUUAUCUCCAGAGCGUAGACUUCUACUAACUUUUCAACUCAGGAAGCAGCAAGUAAACAGCUGCUGAGUUGGCGUCUACUCGCCUUUUUCUAUGCAAACAGCCAGUUUAGGGCCGAGAGCAAGAGCUGAGUAAACUGCUUUUAGAGGCGUCAUUGAGCACGUUUACGACGUAUGUCCAAAGAAACCUGUGAUUUUUUUUUUUUUUUUUUUUUUUUUUUUUUUUUUUUUUUUUUUUUUUUUCCCGCCAAAAAGGCGAUUAUUACCAGAUUGCAUGGAAGGAAAGGAAAUCUGCAUAAUUUAUUCCAAAGCACUUAUCGGAGAUGAAGUAUUGCCUGUUUUAUUGCUGAAAGAUGUUAACUUGAAUAUGUAUUUAUUUGCACAGAAAUGUUUUCUAUUACAGUAUUUGUACAUGACUGUGAUUAUACCAUAUUGUCAAAUGAACUUUUUGUCCAUUUGAAUAAAUCUGAAUGAUGCAUUCCA